CAAUGUUGUAACAGCGAACAUGUUGAUUUAAAAUAAUUGUAUAAUUUGCAAUAAAAGUUGUUUCAAUUUUUUAUGAGUUUUACAGUUCUUUACAUGGAAAAAACAAACGGGUUUUAUACCCAAAGUGAUGAGAAGAGUUUAAUGAACCAUUUUGAUGACCUUAAAUAGGCUGUUAACAUAACGUCUUUGCUGAGUUUUCUGUGGCUGUGAUUAUAUGCAGCCAAAGUGGAAGCAAUGAUUGGUGCUAACGAGGAUAAGUGUAGUGAAACAGUGAGUAGUGCAAAAAAGGGCGAAAGUGAUGGGUCGGAAAAUCCUGCAGCUCAGGCGUAUCUAGAGCAUUUACUGCAGAAUGGUGCACUGGAAGGCGAUAGUGGCGCGCCAAUGGAAAUGCCGCCGUGGUAUGACGAAGCGCUGUUCAGGAAGGGUCAAUCGUUUAUGACCAAAUAUCGUUUCCUCAUCACCGCUGGCAUGUUUUACGGUCUGGUGGCAGUUCUCGCGAUCCCGUCCAUACUGCGCGUGCUCAUGUGUACACGUCAAUCAUCCACCUGUUUAACCGCUUUCCGACGCUAUAUGCGUACAAUUUUGCACACGAACGCAUGGUACGAACAUCCAGCGUCAGCAAACUCAAAAUUUUGGACUAGUUUACGCGCUGUACGCAAAGCGCAUUCCAAGUCGAGUCGCGCGUGCAGUAAACUUGGCGCCGGACAAAUUACGCAAAAGGACCUCGCAUUGACGCAGUUCGGUUUUAUCGGCUAUGCCACUUUAGGCGCAGCGCGUGUACAGUUAUACGACGAAGAGUAUUUGGAAAGUACAACGCACAUGUGGCGUGUACUCGGUUAUCUGCUUGGCAUUAAGGAUGAAUAUAACAUUUGUGGUCGCGAUUGGGCAGAGACGAAGCUCCGACUCGAUAUUGUGAUGCGACGUGUAUAUCAGCCGGCUUUAGAAAAUACUAGUGAGGACUUUGAGAAAAUGACAAAGGCGUUGGUUGAAGGAUUGUGGCCAUUUAACUCAACAUUAUCCACGGGAUCAGUGUUAUAUUUCACCAAGCGACUGACCUAUAUAAAAGGGUAUGAAUACUUUAGCUUUGACCAUCUUCCCGGCGAAACAAUUGAUCCGAAGCAGAAACUUUAUUACUACGAUUUGGGCUGGUAUGAUCGUUUGCUCGUCACAUAUGGUCUCUUCAUAGUGACUUACUUACACAAGUAUAGCAUAGUUCGUUGUUAUCUCAAUUUCCGUGUCUGGCUGAAUGAACUGAUAUUCCACUACUUGCCAUUCCUGGCGAUCUGGCAGUAUGGUAUAAAUAACUCAUACGUUCGUAUUUUUACAAAGGAUGGUCGAGACAAUGAGUUCGAGUUUCACUUGAAAGCUGACUAAAUGAGAAUUUAGAUUUUGUAAAAAAUUUGUAUUGACAUUCAUUAUAAAUACUUAGUUCGUAGCAGUUUUUAGUUGUUUUCUACUUCUUAAAGAAUAAUCGAGAAAAAUAAACAUAAAACAAGUAGUUUUUUUCAUAAUUUUAGACAA